CAGCUUGAGAACACGUGAUUUUCGGAAGCGACAACCGAUGGAAGUUACAUAGCAAUUUGUUACAUUUAUGUAGUUAAAGUUUGAAAGUCACAGUUGAUCUUCAUCAUGACAAUUGGAGAGCUGUGGGAUCAGAGAAUAUCUGCCUUUCUGCUGAGUCCAACUCAGUUUUUGGCUCUUAGCACCUCUGAAAGUUUCAUUGCUGAACUGUUACGUGAACUGAGAAAUGAUAAAGCAAAUGAUCAGCUUAAGAUACUCCUUGUGUCUGUACUACUGGAGCAUCCAACCAUUCUGUGUCCAUCUGUUUCCGUGGGAGAAGAAACGGCUCUGGAACUGAUGUCAGUUUUCACCCACACUGCACAGAAAUCCAUCAACCUCAAGUGCAAUGUAAUGCUGGCCAUCACUAACGUCCUAAUAUGCACAUCUUGCCUGGCCAGCCGCACAAAGAUGGCCGAGGAUUGGUUAGAACUUCUAUUUCAAACCAUUCGAGACACAAACGACUACGGUGGGUUAACCCAGCAGCCUUUGAGAGCCACAGCCUGCGAGUGCUUACGAGAAAUGGAGACCUGCAAUCCUGGUCUUCUCUCUCAAAAAUUAGAAGUCCUGCAUCUUUUAAAACAGCAAGAAACGACUGUUUUGCAUCAGUCGUACAGCACGCUGUAUACAUUGGGGCUUAAGAACGCCAUACGGAUCUUGGCGAACCAGAAUAACAUCACUGAUCUAGAGUUUAAGAGUGUUUUAGGAGGAAACGAAGGAUUUGCAUGGAAAAACAAUCCAACAGCUUUGACCCUACUGCCGAUAAACAUGAUGGUGCAGGUGCCGUGUCUGCCACCGGGAUUGGAUUGUAAAGAACUUAAGUCUGUAAUGUCCACACUCCUGGAUGAGUCUUAUUUACUAACACCAAUUUCCCAGUCCGCCCUGCUCAGGGAGCUCGUGGAAAUCGUAGCCAUGGUGCCGGGACUCUCUCCGGCGUUAUUUAAAUCGCAGCUUCUACGACUUUUUGGCACCGCAGAAGUCGAGCUCAUGCACGCCACGCUGUUCAUGAAAGAAACGUUUACCGACAGCCUUUUCACUGCAGAGGAUGAAAAUUUUUUGCUUAAGCGUCUGGUGGGCAUGGCGCAACAUCCGCUCCUAAGAAUUCCUGACAAACUGUUUUAUAUGGACUGUAUCCUGCACUUUCCGGAGAACAGGCCCAUAUCCAGCACUGCCGACGAGAGUUUACCCGUACUGGUUACGCCCCGUCUGGCCGCAUCUCUUCUUCCGACUGUUUUCAACGAUAGCGCAACCAUGCUCUGCAGACUAAACCUUCUCUGUCUGGUGCACUUGGAAGCGGACGAAGGGGAUGCGGACAAAGGAAUCACCUACCUGUUUGAUCACAUAAUGGCUCUUCUUAAAAUCGUAGAUAAUGAUGGUAGCAGAGAAGUUGUGGUGACCUCAUUUAGGGCCUUGUUUAUUUUUCUCGUGCACUUCAACGGCAUGGAAGAACUCACCGAGAAGAUAAUAAACAAAUUGUGUGACUUGUAUUCCAGACAUUGCCGCCUCGCUCCAAAUCUGAUUGGCCUCGCGGAUCAAAUCCAGGAACGUCUGAAUGACCCUGCCUGGUCCGUGAAGUUGCUGAGCGGUCUGCAGAAACGCAUUAUGGAAAUGCCACCGUUGCAGCUGACGAUUCAUAAUUUGAGUUGGCACCUAAAAGUGUUGAAAAGGGUAGCGAAAGAAGCUCAGAUCACCCAGAAGAACACGAUUUAUCUUCUCCUCAACGUUCUCAUCAAUUCCAACCUGUGUGAAAGAGGAAACUGGCAAGUGGGAAAUGCGGUUCUUGCUGUGUGUCGCAACCUAUUAGAGCACCCUUCCAUCGAUCGAGUGUUUAUCGAGCUCGCUGACCUUCUGCAAUACAUGUCGGUUCAUUACGACGAGAUGGACAAUAAGGAUCACGCUCGCUUUUACUACACGUUGCUCACCAACCUCUCCUGGGAAAAGCUAAUAGGGGUUCUUGCCAAAGUUCCCGAUGGAGGACGUGCUAAGGAGCGUUCGCAUUCGGCGAUUAUGGCUGAGAGCGAAGGACUUGCGAAUAUCCUGACUGUGCACAAAACCGAACGUCAUGUUUUGCAACUCAUCAAGGCACAAGAGAUAACAUCAGCAAGCACAUUGGAGAGUUCAGAGUCUUUGGAUGCAGACGAAGGAGAGAAAAAUUGGUUGGAGGUUUAUCAAGAACAGUUUCAGAAACCUGGCUUUGGUUCUGAGGUCACAUUGAGGUACAAUCUCACUCAUGCAGAAGAGACUGAUCCUUUAUUUAGCCAAGUUUUUAAUAUCUGUCUGCACUUUGAGCUGAAAGACUCAAACUAUGCAAAAAUAAGUGAUAUACACGUCCCAUGCGUGUUUAGAGACAGAAAGCCUCCGGAGGUCAAAGUCACACUCCAACCGGUUCAGCCGUACCCAACUACUCUGUGCGUCAGUGCCGUAUUUGCCACGCAAGACGGUCGUUCCUGGCACACGCGGCUGCCUGAUGUAAGCGUCUCAUUCCCAGAGAUAUUUCUUCCUGUACCCGUGUCACCCAACACAUCUUGUGAACGCAAAGUGAACGUGUUUGACCGCAUAUGGGAGUCCAUAGCCUCCAGGAAUUUGGAGAAGUGUGACAUCAGUCUAUUCUGCUUCAAGGCCGUAGAUGAGAGUUUGGGUGAUUUGAUCAAAACACAUUUUGAAAAUUACCUGUUGGUGGAAGAGCAGAACGAGAGAUCGUGGAAAGUCUUGUUCUUCCUUCCACCAAGGUUUCAUGUUUUGUUGAAGAUCAGACAGGCAGAGGACGCGGUUCAUGUCAGCAUCGCAACGGACAACUGGGAGUUGUUACCCUUUGUAAACUCUUACCUACAAAGUAUUACUAAUCCUUGUAGCAGAACGGAUUGCUAAAGGAUUCAUUUACAUGCUUUUAAUCAUAUUUAUUUUGCAUGAACUCUAUAGAUUUGUUUUUGUAUAUAUGCUGUAUAAAAAAGUUGAAAUGGAUCCUAAAGAUUAAUAAAGUGUUUCUGAGCACA